CUGAAGAUACAUAGAUGUUAUGUCCCCCUUUGAUUCACUGAAGACGAAAUAGUGGGGCAGCCUCAAGCUCACUAUCGAUAGCUCAACUUCACCAAACCCAAGCACUCAAUUAUCUUUACAUCUUUCCAUCUUCCCAAUCCCAACGCAUACGCAUACACAGCAGCGCAAACCCGGCAGCACAUGUAGCGAUGGCGACCGCAAUACCCUCUAUAGCCUGCCUAGGUGUCAUAGGGCGAAAUAACAACCCCCUCCACAUAACCAUAUUCCCCUCCUACGACCCCGCGAGCAACACCCGCGCCCCCCUGCGCACGCCCCUGCAAUUCUCCCUCCUCCUCAGCAGCACCCUCGACAUCUUCGAAACGCGCGCCCGCCGCGCCGGCACCGCGCCCACAGCCGGCGCCACCGCCACCGCCACUACUGCCACGACCACCACGACCCCCAUUCUCAGCGGCGAUUUCGGCCUCCUGCAUGCCGUGGACGAGCGCCUGGCCGCGUACGGCUUCGAGACGAACACGGGCGUCAAGUUCGUCGCCGUAGUCGAUAUGCGGGGCCGCGUGGCCGGAGGAGGGGGAGGGGCUGGGUCCGCGGGGAUUAUUAGAGGCGGUGUUGGUCUUAGGGAGACGGAGCUGCGCGUUGUGUUUCGCGCUAUGCAGACUGCGUAUGUCCGGCUGCUGCAGAAUCCGUUCUACGACCCUGACGAGCACGCGCCGCUGGUGUUGCCGCCGGGGGGCGGCGUGGGGGGGAAGAGGAUUACGAGCCGUAAGUUUGCCGAGGAGAUGAGGCGGAUUGGGGAGGGGUGGGUGCCGGGAUUGACGAAUUUGUAGUUGGGUGGAGGGGUAUAGGGAAGAAAGGGAAAGAUGAAGGGUGAGUUUGGGUUUAGGAGAGAGUGGUUGUUCGAAUGCGC